AUGCCGUACAUUUCAACAGAUGGUCAAGUUUUGGAGUCUCGGUCUCCAUGGUGUCUGUCAUUUGUCACAGAGUUCAUAUGGGGCAUCAUUAACUUCAUAGUUCUCUUUUUUCAGACUCUGAUAAAUCCAAGCAAAACUUCCAGGAGUGACAGAUAUACCUCUGACUACAGGAGACCAGGUGGUGGAGGUGGAGGUGGUGGUCCCAGACGCAGGAUGGGAGGAUUUGGUGGUGGUUCUGGAGCUCCAGGACCACCACCCAUGGCAGGAGGAGGAUGA